AUGUCAUUCGGAGCCACCAAGCAUGAAGCCAUAGAUCGAACCUCCUUCAGUCGACACCAAUCGCUGGCGCCGGGACCCCGACUUCACUGUCGCAAAUCCGCCAUCAUGGUCCAAGUCGCUCUUAAGACUGGCAAACAACCGACGCAGCGUGGUACCAUGGCGGCGGCCGAGAGCACUACAGGAGGAGAAAAGGAGAAGCCUGUUGGUCUUGCCAGUGGGCCACCAGAACCUUUCCGCUUCAUGGACCUCCCACCUGAGCUCCGCAACCGAAUCUACGGAUUCGCCACCCACAACGAAGUCCCACUACGUCUUAGGGCUCUCAAGCCACCUGCAAUUACUCGUGUCUCUCGCCAGGUCCGCUCUGAAUCGAUACCGGUCUACUUCGACGUCAACACAUUCGUUGUUCAAACGACUGCACCAUACACCGGCUGGAUACUAUACCAAGGACGAGCUUCAAGAGGAACUUUCUUGCGCCAGACCACAAAAAGAUGGGAGCGCACCGGAUUGCUGCGUCUGCCACAGAAAAUCCACGGUUUCUUCAGAGACGCAGGACUGAUCGCGGCAAAAAUCAAGAAUCUGGAGUUCAGGCUCCAAGCCCUUCAACGGCCCGAGGAGCGCGAUGCUGCAGCGGACGUAGGCGACCCGAUCAGGGACUUCAUCGUACGACUGGAGCACGGCAAGCAACCAGAUCUCGUGGGUUGUGGAGGGCCCGCUGUCGCCGUCGGAAAUUAUCAAGCGCAGGUCGACGAAGAUUGGAAGUGGUUAUGGGAGCCAUUAGUUGAAAGCAUGAAGGAACAGAUCUCCAUGCCCGGGUACCAGGGGUGA